AUGACCAUCACUGAGACUCAGGAGACUCACUCUCCCAGAGAGUGUGAGGAGGACGAGUUCCACUGUCAGAACGGCUACUGUAUCCGCAGCCUGUGGCACUGUGACGGGGACAACGACUGUGGAGACAACAGCGACGAGCAGUGUGACAUGCGUAAAUGCUCAGAUAAAGAGUUCCGUUGCACCGAUGGGAGCUGUAUUGCCGAGCACUGGUUUUGUGACGGAGACACAGACUGUAAGGACGGCUCCGACGAAGAAAACUGCCCCUCAGAUGUGAUGCCGGCGACCUGCAGCUCUGAGGAGUUCCAGUGCGCUUACGGUCGCUGCAUCCUGGACAUUUACCACUGUGACGGCGACGAUGACUGCGGAGACUGGUCUGACGAGUCCGACUGCUCCUCGCACCAGCCGUGCCGCUCGGUGGAGUUCAUGUGCAGCAGCGGAAUGUGCAUAAACGCCGGAUGGAGGUGCGACGGCGAGUUCGACUGUGACGACCAAUCAGACGAGAGGAACUGCACCACGUCCAUGUGCACCGCUGACCAGUUCCGUUGUGGGACGGGUCGCUGUGUGCGGUUGUCAUGGCGAUGUGACGGUGAAGACGACUGCACCGACCACAGCGACGAGGAAGGCUGCGAGAAAACAGAGACCUCGGCCUGUGCCUCAGACCAGUUCCAGUGCGGUAACGGUCGCUGCAUCGGUCAAAGGAAAGUCUGCAACGAAGUGAACGACUGCGGCGACGGGACGGACGAGCAGCCGCACCACGACUGCCGACCUCGCUCCAGUGAGGAUAACUGUGUCCAGAAUAAUGGUGGCUGUUCUCAGAAGUGUCAGAUGGUCCGAGGCCUGGUCCAGUGCACCUGUCACACUGGGUACAAGCUGCAGGAGGACGGGAGGGGCUGCCACGAUGUGGAUGAGUGUGCAGAGGAGGGGUACUGCAGUCAGGGCUGUACCAACUCUGAGGGGGGGUUUCUCUGCUGGUGUGUUCAAGGCUACGAGCUGCGACCGGACAAACGCUCCUGCAAAGCCCUGGGCCCGGAGCCCGUGCUGCUGUUUGCAAACCGCAUCGACAUCCGGCAGGUCCUCCCCCAUCGCUCCGAGUACACGCUGCUGCUCAACAACCUGGAGAACGCCAUCGCUCUGGACUUCCACCACCGCCACGAGCUGGUCUUCUGGUCCGACGUCACUCUGGACCGGAUCAUGAAGGCCAACCUCAACGGGUCCAACGUGGAGGAGGUGGUGUCUACAGGCCUGGAGAGUCCAGGUGGACUCGCCAUAGACUGGAUCCAGGACAAACUGUACUGGACCGACUCAGGCACGUCCCGCAUCGAAGUGUCCAACCUGGACGGGACGCACCGCAAGGUCCUGCUCUGGCAAAACAUGGAGAAACCCCGCGCCAUCGCCCUGCACCCCAUAGAAGGUAAGAUCUAUUGGACGGAUUGGGGCAACACACCUCGGAUCGAGUUUUCCAACAUGGACGGUUCGUCUCGCCGCGUGAUCGCCGACACGCACCUGUUCUGGCCCAACGGUCUGACCAUCGACUACGCCUCUCACCGGAUCUACUGGGUGGACGCCAAGCACCAUGUGAUCGAGCGCUCUGACCUGGACGGGCAGAACCGCAAGGCCGUCAUCAGCCAAGGUCUUCCUCACCCGUUCGCCAUCACGGUGUUCGAGGACAGUCUGUACUGGACUGACUGGCACACCAAGAGCAUCAACAGCGCCAACAAGUUCACCGGGAAGAACCAGGAAGUGAUCCGCAACAAGCUGCACUUCCCCAUGGACAUCCACACCCUGCACCCCCAGAGGCAGCCGGCAGGAGGUGUGAACCGCUGUGGGAGCAACAAUGGCGGCUGCAGUCACUUGUGUUUACCCGGGAAUACAACCUUCACCUGCGCCUGUCCCACGGGCUUCAAGAAGAUCGACCAACACAACUGUGCCAACAGUCUUGACCAGUUCCUGCUUUUUGCCCGAAGGACGGACAUCCGGCGCGUCAGCUUCGACACCGAGGACAUGUCCGACGACGUCAUCCCAUUGGCCGACGUCCGCAACGCCGUGGCGCUGGACUGGAACGACCACGACGGCUUCGUUUACUGGACCGACGUCACCACAGACUCUAUCAACAGAGCCAUGUGGGACGGAACCAAGCAGGAGGUGGUGGUGGACACGAGUCUGGAGAGUCCUGCAGGUCUAGCCAUCGACUGGGUCACCAACAAACUCUACUGGACUGAUGCAGAGAACCUGACAGAGAACCUGACAGAGAACCUGACAGAGAACCUGACAGAGAACCUAACAGAGAACCUGACAGAGAACCUGACAGAGAACCUGACAGAGAACCUGACAGAGAACCUGACAGAGAACCUGACAGAGAACCUGACAGAGAACCUGACAGAGAACCUGACAGAGAACCUGACAGAGAACCUGACAGAGAACCUACAGAGAACCUGA